UAAUCAGGCAUCACACGCGCAGAGGACGGACUCUGGUCAACAGUAUAAACGAGACAUUCCUCACUUUGCGUUAUUUUGGACUCGCAGACAGCGCGGGCGGGUUGGACACCUUCUUGGUGAGCUCAGUGGCUGAGGUCAGAGUGAGCGGUGUGCGGCGCAACAGAUGCCGCACCGAGAAAUAAGCCUUUAAUACCCCUAGGACUCUGGAAAGGGUAACUACACUCAACACAAUACAGACUUAAGUGAAACCCCUCGCGCAACUCAUCCCGUCUCCGGCGGUGUCCUGCGCGUCACGGUUCCUCGGCAGGUGUCUCAACUUUACGCACAAAACCGGCGCUUCAAAAACGGCGUUUCUGCUGCCCUCCACGGCAUCCUCGGAUUUCUCCACCUGAGCGGUGUUCGAGGUGAAAGCAGUCUCAUGGCAUCGUCCACGUCCCCUUCGCUGGAGCCAGGUGAUUGGUAAAUUUGAGCUACAGCCGUGGAAUAACGCGCGUGGACACCUCGAACCACCAUGCCACCCAAAAAGAAGGGAGAGCGUCAGGACAGUGACUUUGUUGAGGAGAGAAACGCCCAGGUGCAGCUUGAGAAGGCCAAGUACAAGCCUGUGGCAUUCGCUGUACGUUGCAACUUCUCUUACACGCCAGCAGACGACGACAGCGUCCCUGUUCCGGGCCAGGCCGUCACCUUCGAGGCCAGAGACUUUUUACAUGUCAAAGAGAAGUUUAACAAUGACUGGUGGAUCGGCCGGCCAGUAAAGGAGGAUGGUGUGGUGGGCUUCAUCCCUAGUCCAGUCAAUCUGGAAACCAUCCUCAUCAGAAGAGAAGUCCAGGCAAGGAAAGCUGCCAAGGCCUUAGCCAACAAAGCAGCAUCUCAAGCAGCUCAAGAUCUGAACUCAAAGAAAUACACUCCUCCAUCACAAGCUACUCAGCAAGUGAAAAAGAAACCGGGGGAGCAGAUAGCUAUGUAUGAUGUAGUGCCAACAAUGCGUCCUGUGGUUCUAAUGGGACCAUCACUGAAGGGCUUAGAGGUUACAGAUAUGAUGCAAAAAGCACUUUUUGACUUUUUAAAGCAUCGAUUUGAAGGCAGAAUAACUAUCACACGUGUCACAGCAGACAUCUCUCUGGCUAAACGGUCCAUCCUCAACAACCCUGGCAAAAAGGCCUUAAUGGACCGGUCCAACACCCGCUCCAAUUUAGAUGCUGCCGCCCAGAUCCAGGGGGAGGUGGAGCGAAUCUUUGAGCUUGCACGCAGCUUGCAGCUGGUGGUUUUAGAUGCAGACACAGUCAACCACCCCAUGCAGGUGUCCAAGACCUCCCUGGCUCCAAUCCUUGUAUAUGUCAAGAUCUCUUCACCAAAAGUGUUGACGAGACUGAUCAAGACACGAGGGAAGUCUCAGACCAAACAUCUCAACGUUCAGCUUGUGGCAGCAGACAAGCUAGCCCAAUGUCCGCCGGAAAUGUUUGAUGUGAUCUUAGAUGAGAACCAGCUGACAGAUGCCUGUGAGCACAUUGCUGAUUACCUGGAGUCCUACUGGAGAGCCACUCAUCCUCCAGAGAUGGAGCCUGCCAACGCACUGGUGGCCCAUCUGGCCGAGAACACACUGCCUGCCAAUCCCUCAGCAAUACCGGAUGAACAGAAAAACAAGAAGUCAGCUGCCCCCAAGAGGAAGGGCUCCCAUGAGAACCACCUAGAUCAGGAGCCCCCUUCAGCCCCAGCUCAGGAGCACAGGGCUGAGGAGGGCCAAAGAGAGGAGGAGGAGCGACUCCUGAGGACCGAACCAAAGAGACCCCAGCACACCCACCACCACCACCACCACCACCACCACCACCGCCGGAUGGAGCACCACGGCCACACCCAGCACAGCCAAACGUCCGGCGGUGUGGAUAUACAGUCGAGCAGGGAUUAUAGUCAGAGGCUCCCCCGAAGGCACCUGCCUGAGGAGAGGGAGGACGAGCUGGCAGAUGUGGUGGAGGAGGACGAGGAGGAGACUUACUAUAACCACCGAGCCCAUAACCACCACCAUCACAACAGCAACCACCACCAUCACCACCACCACCACCAUCAGCAUCACCGUGGGAACAGCCAGCCACACGUUGGGGAAGACUAUGAGCAGGAGCACAAUGAACGCAACCGGCAGCACAGGCAUCACCAGCAUGUACCGCCACGGACACAACACACCGAUCACUAUCCUGUACACAAUCACCACAGCUACCACCACUACCAUGGCAGAGAUAGAGACAGAGAACGAGAGAGAGACAGAGAAAGACACAAGGACAGGGACAGAGAUAGGGAUCGAGGAAGAGACAGAGAUGCCCGACAGUGGCAAAGAGAUUCUUAUAUCCACCAGUGACUGUUCUUUCUACAUGGGAUUGGUGCAUGGUUUUAUGCUGCUCACUUUAUAAUGCACUAAUGGGUGGGGCAGUGUGUCAUGUUUCCCCUCAUAUCGUUUGCCAUUUUUUUUUUAGGAUUUUUACCCUUGAUCCAUGUGCACACACCCUGUUCUUCUUUCUUAAUCUUUACCAAAAGGAAUUUAAGCACUUGUAGGAUACAUUUUUGUCCAUCCUGUUUCUUAUUCUGAUGGCUCUGUGUGUGUCUUUGCACAAACAAUGUUAAAGAUGAAAUUGCAUCAGUUCUGUUCUUAAAGUAAGGCUGCAUUUAGAAUUAUUUUCAUUAUCCAUUAAACUGUCAAUAAAAUGUCUGAUAAUAGUAAAAAUGGUAUUUUAACAGCUGUCAAUAGCCCAAUAUUACAUCCUCUGAUGUCAUCUUAGUCAGUGGCUAUUUCUGACUAUCAGUCUAAAAUUCUAAGAUAUUCAGUUUACACUAAUACAAAGUGGCAAAACAGACAAAACAGUCCCCAACAUAUAAUAUCUGUUAUGUGCAAUAAGAAAAAUGCUUCAGUGUGGUAAAGGGAUAAUUGUUUUGAGACAUUUCCCACGAAACACUAAUCCUGAACUGGGUUGAAAUACUUGAUUGACCACCUAAUUAAGAACAGAAUAAUCGCACGCCACAUUAGCAACUAAAAUGCCAAACAUUGUUUUGUUUCAGCUUCUAUGAUGUGAUGAUUUACCACUUUACCUUUGGGUGUUAAACUGUGGACCAUAAUAAAUGUUCAGAUGUCCCCUUGACCUCUGGGAAAUUGCAUUAAGUAUCUUUGACAUUUUAUUCACUAAACAGCUAAUUGACUAAUGAAGAAAUUAAUCAGCAGAUGAAUCAAUAAGAAAAAAUUAUUUUUAGUUGUAGCCCUAACCAGGUUAUCUUUGUCAUCCCAACAUAAUGACGUAAUGAACUCACAAUCUGGAGAUAAGGGGAAAAAAUACAAUUAUUAUAACAAUGGCUUAUGCAUUUUAUGAUUUUAGGUUCUACACAGUUACACAAAGGGAUGUUUUGUAUAAUCAUAUCACUGACUUCCGCUUCAGUGUCACAUCCUCCCCUUUGUAUUUCAGUCGGGCAUCCUCAAAAGCCAACAACUUAUUUUAACAUUGGUACUGAAAAUCAAACUAUUUUUCUACAUGAUUCUAAAUGGAAGUCAUACUCAGUUUCCUACUUUUAAAAAUGGUGUUCAAGCAUAUUUACUGAUAUGCAUUUCUUCUGUCUGGAAGCAUGAAUAAACUUUUGGUGACACUGAGCUGUGCUAUAUGCUGGUUACUCUAUGCAUCUUAUUGUUGUAAAUUAUCUUGCUUGAAUGCAAUCUCUAUGCAUUUGUAUAUAUUUCAUAAUUGCCUUGUUAGGUAAAUGUAAGGAGAACCAGAGAACCUGUUGCACUGUUUGGUAGACCUUGACUUAAUGUGUGAUUGCUUUGAUUUACCAAGACAGAAUUGACUGUGUUCCUCUCAAGAUUUGUUUUCAUUAUCUUUGUUUUGUACAGCAUUCAGAAGUUAAUUUUGACAAAUAUGUGUUCUGGUGUUAAAAUUCAUUAAAAUGUAAAAUGUG